AUGGCUACGCUCUCUCCCGAACAGAUUGCGGAACUUGCUGAAAAGUACCCUUCGGCACUGAUUUUGCUCCGCAAGCUGUAUGGUUAUUUGAAUUCCCAUAAACAUGGUGUUGAUUUGGAAUUACAGGUCAGUGUGGACGGCAGUGGUUCAAUUCCAGCCGGUGAUGUUGGAGAAGCACUGAAAAGCGUCGGCAUUCCCUUGGCUGGGUAUCAGAUCCGUGAUUUACUUGGUCGAUUCGGUAAUCCAACCAGUUUGCAAUUUUCUGAUUUUCAAACUCUCUAUAAUGAAUUGGAAAGCGAAAAACAAAAACCAGUUAGCCAGUGGAAGCACAGUAUUGGUACGGUAGAAGGAACUUACAAAGUGAAGGGUACUUCUGAUCAGAGCAACGAAGGGAUUGUACACACCAUUCGAGUUGAGGAGGAAGUUGCUUUUUCAAACUGGAUAAGUAGUAGUUUAACGCAGGACGCUGAUUUAAAACGCUUGCUGCCUGUUGCUACCGAAAACCACGAACUAUAUUCGAAAAUACAGGACGGCUUGAUACUUUGUAAACUGGUAAAUAUGGCUGUUCCGGAUACCAUUGAUGAACGUGCAAUCAACAAAAAAAAUUUAAAUACAUACACGAAAUUGGAAAAUUUAACACUGGCUCUGAACUCAGCUCAAGCUAUUGGGUGCAAUAUUAUAAACAUUGACUGCCAUGAUCUCAGCAAGGGAACUCCUCAUCUUGUUUUGGGCCUUCUUUGGCAAAUUAUUAGGAUUGGGUUGUUCAGUUGCAUUGACUUGAUUCAUGUCCCGGGACUUUUUCGUUUGCUCCAAGAGGGUGAAACCUUGGAUGAUUUGCGUAAACUUUCUCCUGAAGAUAUAUUGAUUCGUUGGGUCAAUUACCAUAUGACAAAAGCCAACGUUCCUUUGCGAUGUACGAACUUUACUACUGACAUUGUUGAUUCUCAAAUUUACACUUACUUACUGCACCAAGUUGCACCUAAAGGUUCCGGCGUUACUUUAGCUCCUUUGAAUGUUCAGGGUAAUGUAGAACGAGCUGGAGCAAUGUUGAAUGAAGCGGCGAAGAUUGGCUGUAGGGAAUUCGUUACUCCACACGAUGUUGCAAAUGGGCAUUACAAGCUUAAUCUUGCUUUUGUAGCUAACCUUUUCAAUAAGUAUCCUGCUUUGCCGGACCCUGGUGCAGAUGAGCUAGAGGGCGAAGUGAUAGAGGAGACUCGUGAAGAAAAAAUGUAUCGUAACUGGAUGAACAGUAUGGGUGUUAAUCCAUAUGUUAAUUGGCUGUAUAGUGAUUUGGCAAACGGGUUGAUUAUUUUCCAACUGUAUGAAAUUAUUCGAAAAGGAGUCGUUGACUGGAAGAAGGUGGUGAAAGUGUUUUCAAAGUUGAAGGGAAUGAUGGAACAAAUUCAAAAUUGUAACUAUGCUGUUGAGCUGGGGAAGCAGCUUAAAUUCUCUUUGGUUGGUAUUCAGGGUAAAGACAUCUACGAUGGGUGCCAAACGCUUACCCUCGCAUUGGUCUGGCAGUUGAUGCGUGCAUACACACUUGCCAUUCUUGCUCAGUGCACUCAAAGCGGAGACACAUUAGCUACUGAUAAAGACAUUGUUGAGUGGGCUAACAAGAAACUGGCAGGAGCCAAUAAGUCGUCAAAAAUCAGCAGUUUUCAAGACCCAUCAAUUUGUGAUGCACAUGCUAUCAUUGAUCUAAUCGAUGCCAUCCAGCCUGGUUCGAUUGACUAUAGUUUGCUUAAAACGCAGAAAGAUGAGGCGGCCUAUCUUGCUAACGCUAAAUAUGCAAUCACAAUGGGUCGCAAGAUUGGGGCCAAAAUUUAUGCUUUGCCAGAGGAUAUAGUGGAAGUCAAGUCAAAGAUGGUGAUGACUGCUUUUGCAUGCUUAAUGGCCCGUGACUUUACGCAUCAGGGCGAAGCGCAGCCUGAACCGACUGCAUCGAUGUAA